GCAGAAACCUGAAACGCACACGUUAUGCCAAGUUCGACCUGUGACUAUCGAAGUUAACCACUACUUUUAAGCGAGGUACACGACAGAUCGUAAGCUACCCCAAAAUUAAAGUCGUCAUCCACGUGGCAAGUAAAUCCCCCAAGUAGCACAAUAGACCCCGUGCAUUAGAUCCUUAGUUUAUUCUUCUGAAGGAAAACAUAGUACAAGAAAAACACUGAAUAAAAUAAAAAAACUGAAAUUAUCUUAACGGCGUAAGAGAUAACGGCAUGAACGCGAACUCUUCGCCGUUACUCAAGAUAAAUUCUGUUAAAACAAUACUUCAAAAAGAGUUUUUCUAUGUCAGUCUCUCUCACCGUCGAAGCGUUUCUUGAUCAGAUGAUCGUCACUUAAGAGCUCACUCUAAAGUCUAAACCGGAGAAGAAGCAAAAAAACUAGCUUCCGCCUCCCUUUCGCUGCUUUGCUUCUUCAACAGGCUUUUGUCGCUUUCCCCUUUCUGUGUUUUUAAUUUGAUCGAAACGUACAAUUGAGAGCGUUUGUCUUUUUUUUUUUUUUUGGGUAAUUGGAAUGGGUGAUUAUAUGAGUAGCGAUAACGAGAAUUAUUACGAGGAUUAUGAAGAUAAUAAUAAUGGCGAUUAUUACGACGAUGAUUAUGGAGAUGAUUCUUCGGUUGGAUUUCAAGCCCUCGAUACUGAGUUGCUUUCGGCCUACGCAACCGUCCCUAACACUAAGGUUACUCAUCGUCUUCGGUUGAUUCACGUUUCGUUGAAAGUCAAAUUUUCUUCAAAAAAAGUGAUCACAAAGGAGUCACUCUUGGCUACUCAGAGGGAGGAUUUACACAGAGUAAUGGACUUGUUAUCUUUGAAAGAACACCAUGCCAGAACAUUGCUUAUUCAUUAUUGUUGGGAUGUGGAUAAGGUGCUUGAAGUGCUUGUUGAGUAUGGUAAAGAUAAAUUGUUUGCUGCAGCAGGUGUACAAAUGCUGGAUGAUCAUGCGUAUUUCCCGUGCCAGUCAUCGUCUUCAACCUUUGCCUGCAAUAUUUGCUUCGAGGAUGUAUCAGCUUAUAUGUUGACUGUCAUGAGCUGUGGUCAUUACUUUUGCAAUGACUUUUGGACUGAACAUUUCAUUGUGAAGAUAAAUCAUGGCCAGAGUAGACGCAUUAGGUGCAUGGCACUCAAGUGUAAUGCUGUUUGUGAUGAAGAAAAAAUCAGACAAUUAGUUAGUACAAGGGAUCCUAAUAUUUCAGAGAAAUUUGAUCGUUAUCUUUUGGAAUCUUAUAUUGAGGACAAUAGAAGAGUUAAAUGGUGCCCCAGUGUCCCUCAUUGCGGAAAUGCAAUACGGAUUGAGGAUGAUGAACUUUGCGAGGUUGAAUGUCCAUGUGGCAAGCAGUUUUGUUUUAGUUGUUUAUCUGAAGCUCAUUCGCCUUGUUCUUGUCUCAUGUGGGAACUCUGGUCCAAGAAGUGCCAGGAUGAAUCAGAGACAGUUAAUUGGAUUACAAUCAACGCAAAGCCUUGUCCUAAAUGUUGCAAGCCAGUUGAAAAGAAUGGAGGCUGCAACCAUGUAUCCUGUGUCUGUGGGCAAUCAUUUUGUUGGCUCUGUGGUGGUGCAACUGGUAGAGAACACACAUCUAUGUCUAUUACUGGUCACAGUUGUGGGCGAUAUAAGAAUGACCAUGAGAAGAAAAGUGAGCUAGCAAGGCGCUACCUUGAGCACUAUAUUCACUACCACAAUCGAUAUAAAGCUCAUAUAGAUUCUUUUAAGCACGAGUCUAAGCUGAAGGAAACAAUAAUUGGAAAAAUAAACAUACUGGCGGAAAAUGUAUCAACAUCUAAAGAUUUCAAUUGGAUAAUAAAUGGACUCUACAGGCUCUUUAGAUCAAGGCGAAUUCUUUCAUAUUCUUAUGCAUUUGCUUACUUUAUGUUUGGUGAUGAUCAAUUCAAAGAUGAAAUGAGCAAGACAGAGAGGAAAAUAAAACAGAAUUUGUUUGAGGAUCAACAGCAGCAAUUCGAGGCUAAUGUUGAGAAGCUUUCUUCUGUUUUAGAGGAGAAGUUUGAUACCUACUCUGAGAAUGACAUUUUGAGCUUUAGAAUGAGGAUUAUUGCUCUUUCUGCAACGAUAGAUAAUCUCUGCCGAAAUUUGUACGAAUAUAUCGAGACAGAUUUGUUGGGUUCCAUCUGGCAGACAGUUCACAGAAUAGCUCCUUACAGGUCAAAGGGUGUGGAGAAAGCCUCAUCCUAAUUGUUGGAGGACACUAAGAUGCAUAUAUGAUACUAACCUAGAUGAAAUGAUGGAUCUUCUCGGCUGUUAUUCGGCUUCCAGAGUCGGUGUACAUUCUCUACCCAACAAUCAAGCUGGAAGGGAAGAAGAAAAGCGCUGAUCUUAACUUGGUGUCUGAGAAAGCAUAAAGAAAAUAAUUGAUUCCUCAGCUGUAAUGUAUAGAAAGCAGUUUAUUAGGAUAAGUUAAUUGGUUUUUGCAUGAAUGAUGGUAAGAUUUAUGUCUAUAGCACCACGGUGGCGUUGCUAUUUAACUCUUACUACUUUUAAAUCAUUCAUCAUAUGAUUGAACAGAGGCCCUUUUCGAUUACUCUCCUCCUUUCACCAGGUUUAUGAUUUCAAUUGUUGCGUGUGUUUUACAUGCUGUUGUUAUUGACGUUACAAUUACAUGAAUAUAUCAUCUUUGUUUGUUCAUAUUGUGGAUUCUGCAUUGAUCAAAAUUCUUUAAUAGGGUUUGAAUCUUUCUCUCAAAAAAAAAAAAAAAAA